CCUGAGCAAGGUGGGACCCCCUCCUCUUGCAAUCUGAAACCUCUGUGGCCAAGCUUCCUGUCCUGUGGGGGCCCCUGCCUGCGCCCCAUCAUCCUGUCUGCGACCUCAGAGACCAUCUUCCUGCAGAAGGCCGGCCACCAUGGUGUCCCCGGGGCCACCCCAGCUGCUCAGCCUCUUGGUCCUCUGCUGCAUGCUGACCCCAGGCAUCUGGGGGCAAAAGUUCCAGCUCUGGGUAGAGCCUCAGAACGCUCUGGUGCUUGCCGGCACGUCCAUCCUGCUAAACUGCUCUACAGACUGCCCCCAGCCCAACAAGAUAAUCCUGGAGACCUACCUGUCCAAGAAGAUGGUGGCCAGCAGCCAGGGCUGGGAGACCUUCGAGCUGACUAAUGUGACCGAAGAUGCUGUGGUCAUUUGUGCCACCCGCUGCCAGCAAGACCAGAUCACCAACUCCUCCAGGGUCGUCACUUAUGGGUUCCCCGCGAGUGUAGACCUGGCCCCUUUGCCCCCGUGGCUGCCGGUGGGUGAAAAUCUCACUCUGAGCUGCCAGGUAGCGGGAGGGGCGCCCCGGAACAACCUCACGGCGGUGCUGCUCCGCGGGGAUGAGGAGCUGAGUCGGCAGCCUGUGCUGGGGGUUUCCGCCGACGUGGUGGAGGUCACGGCCACAGUGCGGGCGCGCCGCGAGGACCACGGCGCCAAUUUCUCCUGCCGCACGGAACUGGAUCUGCGUCCCCUAGGGCUGGGACUGUUCGAGAACAGCUCGGCCCCCAGGAAGCUCCGAACUUAUGUCUUGCCUGGCAACAGCCCACGCAACACCGUGCGCCGCUAUUUGGAGGUGGGGAAGUUGUGGCCGGUGAACUGCAGCCUGGACGGGCUGUUCCCCGUCUCCGAGGCCCGGGUCCAGCUGAUGCUGGGGAACCAGAUGCUGCAUCCCGUAGUCUCUAUCCAAGGGGACACGCUGACGGCAGUGGCCAUGGUCAACGAGAGCGAGGCGCAGGAGGGCGCCCACGAGCUCGUUUGCAGCGUUACCCUGGGAGGCGAGAGCCGCGAGUCUCGGGAGAAUGUGACCUUCUUCAGUAAGGACGGUUUCCCGGGGCCCAAUCUGACUCUGAGCGAGUCCAACGUCCCCGAAGGGACCACAGUGAACGUGAUUUGUGCGGCCGGGCCCCGAGUCCGGGUCCAGCUGCAUGGUCUUCCGGCCGCUGGCCCGGGGCAGCCAAUCAAGCUUCAGCUAAAUGCCACGGAAAAAGACGACAGGCGCACUUUCUUCUGCAGUGCCAUCCUCGAGGUGGAGGGGGAGACCCUGCACAAGAACAAGAGCGUCCAGCUGCGAGUCCUCUACGGUCCCAAGAUUGACAGAGCCAGGUGUCCUCAGCGUUUGAUAUGGAAAGAGGAAACUACCCAUGUUCUGGACUGCAAGGCCCGGGGUAACCCAGACCCCCUAUUGAAGUGUUCGCAGAACAGAUCCGGGCAUCCGGUGCCAGUGGGGACCCCGUUCUUCGUCAGGUUAAACUACAGCGGUACCUACCACUGCCAGGCGAUCAAUUCACUGGGCACGUACACUCUGAUGGUGGAGAUUAACGUUCAGGAGCGUAACCCGGUCAGCGUCACUAUCAUCUUGAUAGUGUUAGCGGUCCUGGGCGUGGCGACUGUCGGAGCAGGCGUUGCCUACGUCUCCCGGUUUCAGAAACGGAGUGACAGCUAUCACGUGAAGCAGGAGGGCAAGUGGUUGUCUCUUCCGCCUCAGUCCAACGAGGCAGAGGCGGAGGUGGCAGUCUGAGCCCGGGAG